AUGCUGCGUAAACGUCCGGACCUUGCGAUUAUUCAACCAUUUAAUGUAGGAAAUAAAGAAAUGGAACGUUCUUAUGGAUUAGAAAAAGUUUUAAAACAAAGUAUACCAUCUUUAAAGCACAACUGCGAUGGGCUAAUUUUUACAUCAUUAACAUCGGGUUAUUCGGCAGGGAAAAUAUUAAAAUGGAAACCACCAAAUGAAAAUUCUAUUGACCUUAAAUUAAGUUUCGAUUUUAAACGCCAUAACAAGAAUAAUAAACCGAGAUUUUGUCUUUAUAAAUGGAUGGAUGUUCAUAGAUAUUUUGAUGAUAUGUAUGUUACCGAUGAAGAGUGGGAGCAAUUUUGGAAACAUGAUUUUCAACAAUUUGAAGGACGUAUUGUUGAAGUAGUUUAUAACCCUUCAAUUCAUCCACCAUGGAGAUUUAAAAGGUUUCGUGAUGAUCAACCACGCGCAAAUCAUCAUACUGUAAUUGAAAAAAUAGAACAAAGUUUAAUUUCAUCCGUGCCAAAAAUACGAGAAACAUGGAAGUGUAGAGAGGCACAAAAAUAA